GAUUCUACACCAUCAUAUCGCAAUUCACCCAAGAUGUCCUCGCAACUGCUCCCGCUAGAGCUCAUUGACAGAUGUGUCGGCUCGCCGAUAUGGGUGAUCAUGAAGGGCGACAAGGAAUUCAGUGGCACUCUACUCGGUUUCGAUGACUUCGUCAAUAUGGUGCUUGAAGACGUGACGGAAUACGACUACUCUGGCGCUCAAACGAAGCUUCCAAAGAUUCUCUUGAAUGGCAAUAAUGUGGCGAUGCUUAUUCCGGGAGGCAUGCCAGACCAGAACUGAUGAUCGGCGCACGAGAGGGCGUCCAUACUCAGGGGCUGAGCCUACGAUUUGCUCUCGUGUCUAUCACAGACACAAGCGAAGAAACUGGCUCCGAAGCAGAUUGCGAUUGGCAUCGAGAGCCGAGCGAAGAUACCACCGACGAGCGCCCGUUGGACGAGCAGGUCUGCGAUGAGGUGCAAGUUAUUAUGCCACGCCUGCACCAAGAUGUCAAUGAAGCAUCUACGGCCAUCAUAGAGAAUGGCUCACAUAG